AUGUCAAAGGUCAACGUGGCAGACAAAGCCACCCUCAGAGCUACUAGCAUAUUUUCAGCAGUUUUUCGAAAACGGCUGGACGCAGCCCAACAACACUGGAAAAGUGCAAACCAAGGGGCGAAUUUCAAUAAACAGGAGUUCGAGAAUUCAAUCCUUGGUCCUGUACAGCCGAUCAUCGAUGAUGAAUGGAGCACAGACGAUGAGGCAUGGUUUAUGUCAACAUGGGAAAAGUCAUCGUCUAAACCAGCCUUGGAAACCAUUUCGCAAGACCACGCACGUCUUCUCAAACUUUGGAAAACUUGCUGCAAGAUUCUCAAAGUCUCGCCCUUGUCUAUAAUCUCUCCUCGCCACGGUCUUGUCUAUGCAGUCGAGUCCUUGGGUCCGGAAACUGAGUCACCCAACAACUCACAACGCCAACUUUGGUCCGAGCCCUUUUGCAAGGUACUGCUGAAACUAAUCUGCCAUUCCUUUUGGAAGGCAGAUGCCAGGAAUCUCACCGCUGCUAUACAAUACGCAGUGAUUUGCCGGGACGACGACCGCCGACCAUGGAAGCUCGCCUCAAGCAAUUCAUCUUGCGAGGCAAUGCAGACCAUGAGAGACGUCGUUUCAUCCGUACGAGCCCGGGGACUGCAUGACUUAUGCAGCGGGUACUAUGCUGCACAGAUUGCAAAUGGUCGAGAGCCGUCGUUGGACUAUUCUUUCUUCUGUCACUUGGGAUCUCUGAUCAAGACGCAGGCUACACCGAAGCCUGCCAACUUCUCUCCUCAUCACCCACCCGUUCUUGCAGUCGGUGUCUCUGACCUUGAGAUUAUCGAAACAGCUCUUAACACCUUUAGCUCGUGUGGCUAUCCUAUUUUUUCCGACUCUAGCAUAAUGGCACAGGCUACUAAAUGCCUUCGAUCUCAAAACGUAUUCCCCCGUGGUAAAGCUCUUCGGGAGGUGCACAUACGGUCUUUUCUUCACGAAGCCCGCAUGGCUUAUCGAGAAGCUUUUGCAAGCAAGUCAAUAUCUCGUCCUUCUCCUCAAAUUCUGGCUCCAUUGCCUGCUACUGUAAGGGCUGGUACAACACCGGCCCCAACAGCUCCCACCCCUCAAACAGCCAACAACACCAUCGUCAUUGACGACGAGGACGAGACGCGACUGGCUCCGGCACUACUGACACCCGGCAAAUCCUCGCAGAUGGAGAAUACACAAAAGGAUCACAAAUCCCCUGAGGUCACUGCGAACCGGAGCACGAAUAAGGGCAGUCAUAACAACAGGUCUCACCACAGAGGCUAUAGGAGCCGAAGCAAUCGAUGGAACCAGGGGCAGCGAUCUACACAUAGCCAGUCAUCAACAAUGAAUCAUGGCAUCGCAAAUCGGGGGUCAUACUCGUCGUCACCGCUCGGUCCUCGACAUGAGAAUCGUGUUCGUCCAUCUCAGCCGCGAAUAAUGUCAUCAUCUACGUCUGUGGACUAUUAUCCUGAUCGAUUCUACCGGCCCAGACGAGGCCUUGUCGACUUUGAUGGCCCCGAAAACGACCCCGCCCAAUCCUUUCGCAGACGAUUCGGUCACUCUAGGUGGAUGUAA